CAAGACCCCCUUCGAUCUCGUUACGCCUUUUUCUUCCUUUGGUCUUCGCCUUUGACCGUCGUUUUUCCUCCCUUCGAACGAGAUGGCCACUCCAGGCCAACCCACCCCUCAGCAGAUUGCUGCCAUGAAGCAGCAACUCGCCGCGGAGGCCGCAAAACGAGGGAUGACGCCCGAAGAGUUCGCCAAACAGCAGCGCGAGGCGCUGGCCGCAGAGGCAGCAAAGCUGGGUCUGACCCCGGAGCAGUAUGUCAACCAGCUGAGGAUGCAGGCCAUCCAGCAGCACCAGCAGAGACAGGCGCAGGCCCAGCAACAGGCGCAAGCUCAGCAGCAGCAACAACAACAGCCACAACCACAGCAGCAGCAAUAUCAAGUGCCCGUGAAUGCAGGCCAACCGCCAGACCCAAAAGCUAUUGCCGUUGCUAAUUUCUUGCGAUCUUGCGAUCUCAAGCCCAGGACCUGUAUCCUGGAUGGCCAGAGGAAGGAUAUGUUCAAAGUGAAACGAGCUAUCCGAGCAAUCGAAUCUCCUGCAUACGCCAAAGCUGCUGCAAAGAAGGGUUCUCUACUCCCCCCAGUGACCGACCGGGCGUCGGCCGAAAACACAUUCAAGCUUCUUCCGCUCUCCCUUCUCGCUCUACGCGUAUCGAAGGUCGAUCCCCACGCAGGCCACAACCACGGAAAGCAGAAGAGAGUCAAGGGCUUGUGGACGGUGAAGAUUGAGCAACACCAGGAGACGGAUCCGAUGAUGCAUUAUGUCUGGCUGUACGAAGGACCGCAGUGGAAGCAGAAGGCGAUGGCCGCAGCAGUGGUGGUCGGUAUUUUUGCCGUGGUCUUGUUCCCUCUCUGGCCGAUAAUGCUACGACAGGCCGUGUGGUAUCUGAGUGUGGGAAUGAUGGGUCUGCUGGGACUGUUCUUUGCCAUGUCGAUUUUCCGUCUGAUUCUGUUCUGCGUCACCGUGUUCGUCGUGCCGCCCGGUCUCUGGCUCUUCCCCAAUCUGUUCGAGGAUGUGGGCUUCAUCGAUAGUUUUAAGCCUCUCUGGGGCUGGCAAGAGAAGAAGAAAAAGAAGUCCAAGAAGUCCGCAGCCAAGAGCAACGAGAAAACUGCCUCCACCGAAAAAGGAUCCCAACCCGCAGCAGCAGCUGAAUCCCCAGCCCCAGCCCCCGCCGCCACUACCACAACGACAGACUCGAAUCCCGAACCCGCUACAACGUCGGGAGCGGAAUCCAAACGCAAUCUUACUGCACGGGUGGAAGAAGCAGAAGAGGAGUGAGAUGGGAUAUUACUUUUUUCCCUCUUCCUUUCUCCCACUGUCUCACUUGUUGGCUGUUGCCCCUUUCCUCUCAUCACUAGACGCGUAAGAGGGGUUUUCCUAUUGACGGCGUUUCAUGCUUCGAUCACCUCCUGUUAUCAUUCUUAGUUUUCGGACUUUCUUUCUUUGAGAAAAAUGGAUUUUUUUAACGAUUCCUGUCACCAUCAAAUGUAUCAAGCGAUAUCCAAAUUGUAUGAGUGUUUUGAGGAGCCU